UCAACCAAUCUGCGAGCAGAGAGCGUGUCGGCGCGCACGGACAGAGAACACAAUCCCCCCAAAAGCCAAGGAAAGACUAGCAGGGAGUCCGCGCACUUUCUGUCCAAGACUUGAUGCGCAGAUGAACAUCAAACACACGCACUGAUUCUCACAGAUGAGACCUAAUCCACUCGAACCACAGGAAUCAAGUUUGCAAAUUGCGCGUUAGUAGCGAGGACAGAUGAUGAUUACUUCUUUCCUCUGAUCACGUUCUAUUGAUUGUCGUUCCACUGAUUUGCCAACGGGACUAUAUUUUAUAACUAGGAAUAUACUUUUCUGACUCUUGGAUUUUUUGAAGUCAUCCGUGCUCUUCAGCGUCACUUUUCUUGUACGCUUGAAAAUUGCGCUCAACGAUGGCGCAAAGGUACGAUGAGUUGGCUCAUUACGGAGGCGGGAUGGAUGGAGUUGGAGUCCCGACAUCCAUGUACGGAGACCCUCACGCCCCGCGGCCCCUACCCCAGGUCCACCACCUGAACCACGGGCCACACCCGCAUCCCACGCAGCACUACGGAGCCCACGCACCGCACAGCAUCAUGCCAGGCAGCAUGGGCAGUGCAGUCAACGACGCGCUGAAAAGAGACAAGGACCAGAUUUAUGGCCACCCUUUAUUCCCGCUUCUUGCGCUCGUUUUUGAGAAGUGCGAGCUGGCGACGUGUACGCCAAGAGAACCGGGAGUUGCGGGCGGGGACGUCUGCUCCUCGGACUCCUUCAAUGAAGACAUCGCGGUAUUUGCCAAACAAAUCCGUGCAGAGAAACCUUUAUUUUCUUCGAAUCCAGAGCUGGAUAACUUGAUGAUUCAAGCAAUUCAAGUGCUGCGUUUUCAUCUACUGGAAUUAGAAAAGGUGCACGAGCUUUGCGAUAACUUCUGCCAUCGGUAUAUCAGUUGUCUGAAAGGCAAAAUGCCCAUCGACUUGGUCAUUGAGGAUCGAGACGUCUGCAAGUCGGACUUUGACGAUCUGUCAGGAUCUUCCACCAACCUUGCAGAUCAUAACCCAGCAUCCUGGAGAGACUUGGAUGACGCCCACUCCACACCCUCGGUAGGAACCCCAGGACCGUCCAGUGGGGGACACGUCUCUCAGAGUGGAGACAACACCAGUGAACUCGGAGACGGCCUCGACAACAGCCUAGCAUCACCGGGCACAGGAGAUGAAGAUGACCAGGAUAAGAAGAGGCAGAAGAAAAGAGGCAUCUUCCCGAAAGUGGCAACAAAUAUAAUGAGAGCGUGGCUAUUCCAGCACCUUACACACCCGUAUCCUUCGGAGGAACAGAAGAAACAACUAGCACAAGACACGGGCCUCACCAUUCUCCAAGUCAACAACUGGUUCAUCAAUGCAAGGAGGAGAAUAGUUCAGCCUAUGAUUGACCAGUCCAACAGAGCAGUGAGUCAAGGUACAGCUUACAGUCCAGACGGCCAACCAAUGGGAGGCUUUGUCCUUGAUGGACAACAGCACAUGGGUCUCCGACCCGGAGGUCCAAUGGGGGGAAUGGGUAUGAACAUGGGCAUGGACGGGCAGUGGCACUACAUGUAAGCCCACACCACUGAGGCCAGCCUCAACAACAGGGUGAAGCCUCCAUGGUUGGCUCAGGGAUCUUCAUUUUGAGGAGCUUGGAAGCAGCCGGUGCAUUUCCACGUGACCACCCCUCGCGCCCCACUUCAACUUUGUUGCCCUGUGGCUUGCACGCACACGAGUGUUGAGGAUCACGGGGUAAAAGCGUCACCUGUAGGCUACUUUUUUUUCCCCUAAUGCAGUUGAAAAAGAGACUUAAGUUUGAGCUCGAAGAACGGGAAUCGCCGGAGCGCAAAAGGACCCGGGGAGGUGGGUGGCUGCUAUGUAAAAUAAAAAAAAUAAAAUAAAAAAAUAGAAGAAAAGCAGUCACGCAUUUCCCCGCAGUUUCAUUUUAAAUUAUUUAUUUAUUUUUAUAACACGACGGACCACAGGGAUGACACUUUUUUUUUUUUCUUGAUGAAUCCAAUCUGUGAAGCUUUACUUCCAUAUUUGCAUCUCCUUUCUAAACAUCAGUGUACAGACACAACGCACGCACAUACACGCAAACACUGGAAUAGAUUUGAAAAAUAUGUAUAAUAAUUUCAAUUGUUGUGCUGUAUAGAUUUGUGCUUUUUCAUUGCGGCUUUUUUGUUUUUUUUUGGUUUUUAAAAUACAGUAUUGUGCUUGUGACCUCACCACAUAUCGCCAACCUUGAGUGAUAUUACGUCACACUCAUGUUGGUUUCUGUUGCAUUUUCUUUUCAUGCUUUCCUCUGUGUGCAACUAAAGGCAAUUUAUAAAGAGUUCAAUCUUUUUUUUUUUUUAUAUUGUUUUAAUGAUUUUUCUAUCACCAAAACAGAAGUCUUCACUGUAGAGCCAAAUCGAGAUAAAAUAAAGAAGGACAAAGCACUGUGUGUUAUGAAAAGAGAAAGAUGGUGAGGUCGUGUGUGGGCGUUGGAAGAAAAAAAAACAAAAUUAGUUGAAGGAGCAGGUCACGUAUUCAGCUUCGGUUCGAUAGAAGACGGAAUUGCACUUGUCUGCUGUUAUUGGAUUGAUCGUGACAGCCAUGAUGGAUGAGCCGACUCCUAAAUUCAGAAAAAUAAGAAAGAAGCUGCAGCUGGUUUUCACGACACGUCUUUGUUUGCACGGUGCACGCGUGUGCUUGCGUGUUUGUUUAAGUCAGUGUGUCUGUGUUUCUAAUUUGAUGGUCAAAGAUGGGAUGGCAUAAAAGGGAAAAAAAGAAUGCCGAAAUUUGUGGUACUCCUUUUAUAUACCUUCUUUAUGAAACGGAAUAAAUUAUUUCGUUUUCAAAGCAAUAACAACGCUUUUUUUUAUGUCCCGGUUUUUGUUGCUCGUUGUAUGUACCAUGGCCUGGAUUAAAGGAGGGAAAUAUAAAUAAAUAAAUGCAUAAACUGCA